CAGUAGUUAUAACACGGUUAUAAAGCACACACAAGCUUGUUUACACACAAAGCGCAGUGAGAAACAGCCCCCCCUCCUUUCGUGGCCACAUAAAAAGGAGCACAGUCGACGGCCAGUCAGUACAGCGGUGGAAAUAGCCGGAAAACUGAACCCCUGAGGUCGUUUAAACGCCCCUAAUCCAGCGAACCGCCAGACUAGUUAGCCGCGUUAGCUUCGUCGCGGUCUUGCCCCGACACGAUGGUGAAGACGACGGCGUUGCGCUGCGACUACACGUGAAGCGGGCUCCGGGACCACUUUAACCAUGAUGAAGAAAAAGAAAUUCAAGUUUAAAGUCGACUUCGAGCUGGACGAACUCUCCUCGGUCCCGUUUGUCAACGGCGUGCUGUUCUGCAAAGUCCGGCUGCUGGACGGCGGCUUCUCCGAGGAGUCUUCCCGGGAAACAGUCCAGGCUAAUUGUGUACGUUGGAGGAAGAAGUUCUCAUUCCCAUGUAAAAUGAGCGCCAGUGCUGGAACAGGAGUCCUCGAUCCCUGUGUGUGUCGUGUUUCUGUCAGAAAGGAACUGAAAGGUGGAAAAACCUACGCAAAGCUGGGCUUUGCUGAUCUGAACUUGGCCGAGUUUGCAGGUUCGGGGAGCACCACGCGACGGUGUCUGCUGGAGGGCUACGACACCAAGAACACCAGGCAGGACAAUUCGAUCCUUAAGGUGAUCAUCAGCACCCAUCUUAUGUCUGGAGACCCAUGUUUCAAAACCCCUCCGUCCACAGCCACAGUGAUUGGGAUCCAAGGCGAUUCAGAGGGUCUGCUGGAGGAGCGGCGAGGAGGAGACUCACAAAAACCCUUCCUGGGUCUCUCAGAAACGCCGGGCAAGUGUGGCUCUCUGCCGGAGGAGCUGGGAGUGUGUUGUCACUCUCGGACCUCUAGCUAUGCUAGUCAGCAGUCCAAAGUAUCAGGCUACAGCACCAGCCACUCACGCUCCUCCAGCCUAUCAGAAUUCACCCACAGGAGGAACACCUCAGUGGGCAGUGCCUCUACAGGCAUCGGCAGCAUCCCUGAGCCCAGUGAGGAGAACCACAGUACCACAGCGCCCCCUGUUGCUGCCUCGGGAGCCUGUGCCGCUCUACCCGAACACCCCGCCACACCUGAUCGAGCCUCCAGCAGGUAUCCGGUGAAGCAGGAUUCGAUGGAGUCUCAGCUAAAGCGAGUGGAUGCCACACGGGUGGAUGCUGACGAUGUAGUGGAGAAGAUCCUGCAGAGCCAAGACUUCACCCACAGUCUGCUUGACUCCAGCGCUGAAGAAGAGGGUCUUCGCUUGUUUGUGGGUCCUGGAGGAAGCACAGCAUUUGGCAGCCAUCAUCUACCUGCCAGGGUUGGUGCUGGUGCCUACGAACAGGUGGUGAUCAAGCGCUAGAGCUGGAAGCUGCCAAGCAGAGAGGCAGAACAAACCAAAGUACAGGAGGGAGGUACACACAGGCUCUCCAACCUCUCAUCCUUCUGGCAGUGUGUUUCACCCACCCAGCCUCACUAUUUGCCAGCGACUGGGGAUUUUAAGAGAACAACACCCUUCGCUGGCUAUGUGGAGGCAUGCACAUCUUUGGAGCCUGGGCUUGUUGAUAUAUGACUGUGGAAACUUGUGAGGUUAAGUUUCAGAUCCCAACACUCCCUGGAGGAAAACUGUACUUACUGAAUGGAACAGGAAUCAGAUUCCUAUCAAUGUUUUGCUUGGUUCUAGGUUUUGUUUUAUGCUUCUUUUUUUUUAUGUGUGUGUAGACGGUGAAUCUGUCUUUGAAUCUUAUAUGUUCAGCAGCUGCUCUGUGGGGGGUUCUCCCCUUUAUCAUUUAUAUUUGGGAGUAUUUAUAUGUUUUGUGCAUCUCCACCACUUAUCUCAGUAUGUGUGUGUGUGUGCACUGCAGAUACAGUGCUGCAGUGUUCUUUACAGAAGGUGACCUCACUGUUGCGGUGUGUUUGCUGAUCUCAUUACUCUCUGAGAGGAGAUCGAACAGACUCUUCUUUUGUUCCACACCUUUGGGAUGGAAGCUGAGACCAGGGAGGAAAGUUCACCUUUAAGGGAGAGAAUUAGCCCCCUCACUCUGUCUAUGUGAGUGCGUCACCUUCACAUAAGGAAAAAAUAAAGCUAAGGAGCAGAGCAGUUUCAGGAGUGGCUGUCAGUGCCAGUACAAUCUUUUCUGUCAUAUCUGACCAUCAGUCAACCGCAACAGUGCUGAUCUUAUAGGCUUUGAACUGUUAAUUUGGUCUUGAGUGAUUUACAUGGUUUGGGGCUCAAAUUCCAUUGUAGAAUUUGAAAUAUCCCAAUAGCAGCGCUUCUUAUAGGGGAAUUCUACCAGCUGUCUACAGUUCUGCAUAACGCAAUCACAGAGAUGAAAACCAGUCCAUUCAGAAUGGUUUGAUAUGACAUCCUCUGUUUUAGAGUCAGUAGUUCCCUCAUUGGUGGUGAUAGUAACCAUAAUCUGAAGAUUAAUACCUCUACCUUACAAAAACAUUGGCUGAUGUCGGAGACAUUGUUUUGCGGUAGUUUUGACAAAUGCUUUUGGCUUAAAACAUAUAUUAAAAACUGUUAAUGGUGAAGAGGCACACACAGGUUGUUUUAGGGCCCAUGUGUGAGACAUGGGGCUGAAUGAUUUGUGGAAAACAUCGAAUUGCGAUUAUUCUGACUAAUAUUGCGAAUGCAAUAUUUUAUUUUUUUUGGCCAGGAACACCAGAACAUCCACCUUUUUUGUCUUAAGGCUCGACCCCUGAACAUACUGUGUCUUUCAGUAGCUUUUCAGUAGAUUUAAACUCUUUAUCUAGAACUAAAGACCUAUCAUCUCGACCCCUGAACAUACUGUGUCAGUCUGCCAGUAAGUUGUGGUUGUGAUGCCACAACACAUGGAGGUUUGGUUGCCUCUGAUUGGUCUAACUCACCUACUGACAUUUCCCAAACUCUUAUUAGGCUCCGUUUCCCCUCUUAAAACAAGAUUUUUGCUGAUGUACACACUUAAUAAAGAAGGAUCUUCAAGGGAUCUUUAGUAUAGACAGAGGUUCCAUGUAAAACCAUGAACACUCAAAGUUUUCUGCAUGCUCAAAUGGUUCUUUGCAUGUCAAAAUAGAUCUUCAGAUUGAUCUAGAGUGUGUUUUAUAUGGUUCUAUAUAGAACCUUUUUGAAAAGAGUUCUCUAUUGGACCAAAAUGCUCUUCUGUUGUUCGAAGCUUGACAUCAACAAGCAACAAAGGAACAGUACCAGAACCCUUUUGAUGCUAUACAGAACCACAUACAACACAUUCUCCAAUCUAAAGAACCAUUUCACCAGACAGAGACCUUUUUAUGGAUGCACAAAUGGGUCUGAGUGUUCAUGGUUCUAUAUGGAAUGAGAUUUUUAUCUGGGGCCUUUUUACUGGUUGAGUUUGACACCCCUGUUCUAGGGCAAAAUAGUACCCAAAGAAAACAUUUUUUUCAGAUUUCGCACUAUUUUAAGAUUAACACUCCACAUGUAGGUUCGCUGUUUGUUUUGGAUAGCAAAGAAAAUGGCCAUAUUUGUUUUGUAGACAUUGUGUACCGUAGUUCUUAUCACCACCACUGUAAAGAGUCAGUACGUUUCUCUACAAUCUCACAUCAAACCACUCUAAAUGACUUUGUCUGCAUCUCAAUAAAUGAGUUAUGCAGAAAAUUUUAAUUAGUGGAAUUCCCAUUUAACUACAGCUGCUCGUUCAUUUGCUGGUUUUAAAUUCAGUACAGCUUUCCUUUAGGGCCAAAUGCAGGCAAGCUGCAAAGAAACUGCCAUUACCAAUGACUCUGCCACGUAAUGAAGGAAUUCCGGGGAUUUUAUAGUACAGCUUCCACAUGUAUUAUGGCAGAAUCGGUCCACAGUGGAUGUGAAAAGGAGUCAAGACUGCAAACCCAUCGUUCUUUCUAAUAAUUAAUUUAUAGUUGCUGUAAUGCUUGCAGCUGUCAUAGAAGUUCAGAAUAGUUUUAUAAGCAUUUCAGAAAUUAUAGUCCUCAAACCGAA